GCCGCGGGGUCCGGAGGAGGCUGCGGCGCUCGGCUGCGCCUUCGGUGCUGCUUGGCGAUCCGGACGCGUCGGUGUCGCGCCUCGUCCCUCUGCGGCCCCGCGCGGACCGCCGUAGCCGCGCCUCGGGCCGGAGGAUGCCCAGGAAGCUGCUGCUGCUGCCCCCGCUGUCCGCGUGCUCUGCUCUGCGUGUCCCGCGGGCUCGGCCCGCCGCCUCGCCGGCCAUGAACGCAGCCCGCACCGGCUACCGAGUCUUCUCGGCCAACUCCACGGCCGCCUGCACGGAGCUGGCCAAGCGCAUCACUGAACGUCUUGGUGCUGAAUUGGGGAAAUCUGUUGUAUAUCAGGAGACCAAUGGAGAAACAAGAGUUGAAAUCAAAGAAUCUGUUCGUGGCCAAGAUAUUUUCAUUAUACAGACAAUACCCAGUUUUGAUGCUGAGGAUGGAAGUUGGGACUUGCGCAUGUUAAACAGAGACGUGAAUACGGCUGUGAUGGAGCUGCUGAUCAUGGCGUAUGCACUGAAGACCGCCUGCGCCAGGAAUAUCAUUGGCGUCAUCCCCUACUUCCCCUACAGCAAGCAAAGCAAGAUGCGCAAGAGGGGCUCCAUUGUGUGCAAGCUCCUGGCAUCCAUGCUGGCGAAAGCUGGUUUAACUCACAUUAUCACUAUGGACCUUCACCAAAAGGAAAUACAAGGCUUUUUCAGCUUUCCCGUGGACAACCUUAGAGCCUCACCUUUCCUGCUUCAGUAUAUCCAGGAAGAAAUUCCAAAUUACAGAAAUGCAGUCAUUGUAGCUAAGUCUCCUGAUGCUGCAAAAAGGGCUCAGUCCUAUGCUGAAAGACUCCGCCUGGGGCUGGCUGUGAUCCACGGAGAAGCGCAGUGCACAGAGCUGGAUAUGGACGACGGUCGGCACUCGCCACCCAUGGUCAAGAACGCCACGGUGCACCCAGGCCUGGAGCUGCCCUUGAUGAUGGCCAAAGAGAAGCCACCAAUAACAGUGGUCGGAGACGUCGGGGGACGCAUUGCGAUUAUAGUGGAUGACAUCAUUGAUGACGUGGAGAGCUUUGUUGCUGCUGCAGAGAUCCUGAAAGAGAGAGGUGCUUACAAGAUCUAUGUCAUGGCCACGCACGGCAUCCUGUCUGCUGAAGCCCCCCGUCUGAUUGAGGAGUCCCCCAUUGAUGAGGUGGUGGUGACGAACACUGUCCCUCACGAACUUCAGAAACUACAGUGUCCCAAGAUAAAGACUGUGGACAUCAGCCUGAUUCUUUCUGAGGCGAUUCGGAGAAUCCACAAUGGCGAGUCCAUGGCUUACCUCUUCCGGAACAUCACAGUGGAUGACUAGAUGACAGGGAGCUGCCCUGACCUGCAGAGGCGGACCGACACAGCAGCGUGUCAGCCUGCAAAUGGGCUGCAGUUAGGGAGUCUCUACCAGGCUGCUGGCUCCCUUCUUCCCCUAUCUGCAGAGUGCAGUACCUAUCUGGAAUGUGUUCUGCUGAAGAAGUAGGCAUCCAGUUGUAGGCUGGUAACACCUUGCAGUAAGACAAGAAGCCUGACCGCCCGUGACUGGGUGCAUGGCACAGCCCUCCUGUCCCUGUCGUCAGCCUUGCUCUUAGUGCUGAGCAGACCCUGACGGUUUGUUCACUGGUGUCUGCUCUGGGAAGGCAGCUGAGCCGCCUUGGCACUGGUGUGUGCAGUUGUCCUCUCCCUGCACAAGGUCAACUGAAUCUGUCAGAGUCACUUUUCUUUCAGAAACUGCUGUGCCUGCUGCCAUUACACAACGAAGUGUCCCUGCCUGCUUUCACUGAGCUAGUCAGAUGAGAGAGUAGCACCCUGUCCCUCAGAACUGUGUCACUCGGAAGCUGCAAAUAAAAGUUCCUUGUCUCCCUUGG